AUGGCGGACCCUGUGGCCCGAGCGCGCGAGAUCGCCGCGCGUUUGGCGGCGGCUGCAAUUCCAGGUGGCGGUGACGCUCUAGGCAAGCGCAAGAGCCGUUGGGAGUUUUCAGUGUGGCUUCGUAGUUUACGGUACAUAUCGGACAGCGGCGCACGACCUGCGCCUGGAUUGGGUGACAAGAAGUGCAAAAAAGUGUACAUUCCAGUCGACCGGUAUCCAGACAUUAACUUUAUUGGGCUGCUAAUCGGUCCCCGCGGGUCCAACCAAAAACGCAUGGAAGACGAGACAGGUGCACGCAUUUUGAUCCGUGGUCAGGGAUCGUCAAAAGACCCAACGGGUGAUCCGGACGAGAACGAGGAGCUGCACGUGCUCAUUACCGCCGACAGUGACGAGGCACUGGCGAAAGCGCAGAGUGCAGUAGAGGACAUUCUUUUUAACCCGCAGCAAGCUAUGAAGCUCAAGCAGGAGCAGCUCCGCAAGGUGGCAGAGCUCAACGGCACAUUGAUUGACAAUUAUGGUGGCGCAAGACCUGGAGACGGAGAUGGUCACUCGAGCAGUGCAACCGGCAAUGAUUCGACGAAGUAUGGACCUGGCAAUGAUGGCGACUCGUCGUCGGUUGAUAUGAAGGUGCCACGUGAUCUCGUCGGAUACAUCAUCGGUCGUGGUGGGGAGACCAUCCGUGAUUUACAGAUGAAGAGUGGUGCGCACAUACAAAUAGUUCGUGAAGACGAAGGAGCGCCGCCGACGCCCGAUCGUUUUGUGAACAUCACGGGUAACCCAGGCUCUCUAAGCUUGGCACAACAGCUUAUCCAAAACCUCGUUGACGAGCGACAGCAAAAUCAAGGUACCGGUGGUGGUUUCCGCGAGCGUGACGAUCGGGAUCGAAUGGCGCGUUACGGCGGCAUAAACCCUGAUGGCACGGAAUCAGUGGAGAUCUUGGUUCCCAACGAGCGUGUGGGACUUAUCAUUGGACGUGGUGGCUGCACGAUCAAGGCUAUCCAGCAGCGUACUGGCACAAGCGUUACUAUUCCGCAGACGCCAGAUCCGAACCAUCCUGAAAUGCGCCUUAUUACGAUUCGUGGUACAAUGGAGGCAAAAGAGGCCGCGAGGUUUGAGAUUCAGUCUAUGGUCAACGAAGAGCCGGGGCAGCGUCAAGGGUUCGGUAUGGCUUCGGGUCAAACCAUAUACAUGCAGGUACCUAAUGACCGCGUGGGCGUCAUUAUUGGCAAGCGUGGAGAAACGAUCAAGGGUAUUCAGGACCGCCAUGCUGUGCGCAUUCAAAUCCCACAGGUGCCUGACCCGGGCUCGAAUCCACCAGUGCGCACUAUUUCCAUUCAGGGUCCGCCGCACAAUCUAGCAGGUGCAAAGGAGGAAGUGGAUGCGGUGAUUUUGCAAGGAAUGAAUGGUCACGGGUAUGAUGGCGGGGGCGGGGGCCAGUAUGGAAGCGAUAGCAGUUACGGUGGGUCCAGAGGUUUUGGAGGACAAUCUGGAGGCUACGACCAGCAACAGCAGCAGUACGGAAGUUAUGGAGCACAAGGCCAGCAGGACCAGUACGCUUCGUACUAUCAGCAACAAGGCCAGCCGAGUCAGUAUUAUCAGCAGGAUGCAUCAGUCGUUGGAGCGACAGGAGAAGCUGCUGCGGGAGGAGACCAGGCCGCGGCACCAGCAGCUACAGCGGACCCGAAUGACCCGAAUGCGUACUGGAAUGGCUACUACGAGUACGCAGCGUACUACGGCGUGGACGCUGCGAAUGCCGCUUGGGGCGUGACUGGUGCUGCAGCGCAGGCUAGUGCUGAGGCAUACCAGCAGUAUCAGCAGCAGGUUGAUGCGGGCGGCAGUGGUGAGUCUGUUCCCACUGCUGCUCCGGGGGCUCCUGGUGGCGCUUCCACCGCGACUUCUUCUACCACUGAUGCGUCUGCGCCUUCGGCGACAGGUAACAGCGGAGCUGACACGACAUCUGCUGCUCCCACGGGUGCAACGACACAGGUUUGUUUAGUGCGUGUGAAGUGUAUUGGCUAG